AUGACGCAAAAGAGGCCGCUGGAGGCCCCCGUGUGGGCCCCGUUGUUUCAGUUUCCCAGAGUUGAAUUCGGCCCGCUGGCUGCAGCAGUUCAGGAGCGAUCUUGGCGCUUCUGCGCCGCCUCUUCGCUGAAACUUGAAUUAAAUGAAGUCUUAAUGGACCAGAAUAGCAGCAGAGGCGCUUCGCUGCUGCUGGAGCGCACGCGGACAGUGCAGCUGCAGCACUUGCGCAGCCACAGCUGCCGAGCGGCGCAGCAGCAGCAGCAGCAGCUGCUGGAGUGGAAGCGCCCCAGGCUUCCGCGCAUGCAAGGAACCACCCGCGCAGCAGCAGUGGUCCACUGGUCACCUGUCUUCAAGUACAGCUUUCUGCCUUAUUCGCAAGUGCUGCCCGCGGCCGCGCUGCUGCCGAUCCCGGCUUCAGGUGUACAUACACCUCAGGCAGCCAGCUGCAUGCAAAGCGCCACCGCCAACUUAGCAGCAGCAGCAGCAGCAGCAGCAAAAAGGCCGCAGGCCAUUCGGCUUUCCGGGCCUGGGGGCCGCUGUUUGUGGCGAGUUGCGGUGUACAGACACCUGGCGAAACGCCAACGCAGCACUUCUGGGGCACUUCAGCAGCAAAAGGAAAUGAUGCAGCAGCGCCGCUGCUGCUGCUGGAUUGCCCGGAGCCCCUUUGCAGUAAGCUAUGGUGUACAGACACUCGAAAAGAGCUUUAAUGCUGCAGCAGAAGCAGCAGGAGCAGAAGCAGCAGCAGCAGAAUUUAUCUCGCAGCCGAGAUCUGCUGCUAGCAGCAGGUGCGUGCCUGGAGGCGAUUUGCUGCUGGAGCCCUUAGAGGAGCCGCCGGCGCCUGCAGCAGCAGCAGCAGCAGCUGCUGCAGCAGCGGGAGCAGCAGCAGCAGCAGCGGCGCUGCAUGUUUUUGUGGACAAGUUAGAUGGAAUUGAAUUCAAAGACGCUCGAACUGUGGAGCUGCGAGUUGACGAGCAGACCAGAGUUCUUUAUGCCGUGGGGGAGCCGCAGGAAGAAGAGCUGUUGGAGCAGCUGGGGAGUUUGCCGAUUAAAAUCUGCCGCUGCUUUCUGGUGGCGCAGAGCUGGGGCUGGGCCUUCACGCUGAAGGCCGCAGCGGCGCUGUCUGCAGUUUCUCGGCCUCAAGUGCUGCUGCUGCUGGCCUUCUCUCCAGAACACGCGAGGUCUAUCUUGCACGCCGUGGCGGCCAGCGGGCAGCAGCGGUGA